AUGAUUACCAGGUCUUUGUAUCCUGAGAACAUCAUCACGAUCCCCGAGAAAGAGGCUGGGAUAGUGAAGACCUGGAACGCAUUGGCACGCAUCAGCCAGAAGAACGCUGCGCAGGACAUGAAGCCCGUGAAGGAAGGUUCUGUGCAAGUCUACCAGGCCAGACUGUCUGCUUGGCUAGGCUUCCUGCAUGAGAUCUACUUUCAGCACAAUGGCGUGGACUCCGCCUGCCUUCGAUUGGAGAAGCGCGUGCGGCUUUUGCCCCAAGACGAGCUCGACCGCCUCUGCCACGAUUGCUACACACUGAGCAACUCGCACCUGACCAGGGUGAAGGACUUCAAAGCCCGCGCCCUCGAAGGCGCGAAGCAGGCGGAGGCAGCGGGCUGUGCCACUGAAGCCCCAGAUGCAUAUGAAGAGGCUGUUUUGCGGGCUUUGUCCAUCAGAAGCUUCGAGAAGAAUCAGCUGGUGCAAGGGAUGGAAUCAGAGGGUGCCUGGUCCAAAUGCGCAGAGGUGAAUGAAAGUGACUGCGAGGAUGUGGAAGUCAGCGACGUGGAGGAGCCUCGAAGAAGCAGCAGUGCGCUGCCCACCGUGGAGCCAAGCAGGUUGGGUGUUCCAUUGGCCGCUCCAGACCUGGGGGGCCGAGCUCCGGCCAACAGCCCGGCGGAGUCUGCAUCCUCCAUGUCUGUGAAGGAACGCUGGGCCAAGGGAGUCGGGUCCAAGGAGGACUGGCAAAGCAUGGUGCAUGACGCCAACAUAUUCAUCCUGCGAUCCUAUAUGGCACUGUCAGAUCGUGAGCAGUUGACGAGGUAUGUGGAGGAAGCCACGCGUGCUUUUGUCGACGCUUGGGAGUAUGGCAGCCUCAACAGGGAUCCCAUCGCAACUCAGCAGAUCCUAGUCAAGAUCCGGACCCACUUCAACCGACAGCUCCACAAGGCCCUGGCCUGUCUUGAUCUGCAAAGUCUGGACGACCUUCGCGCUGCAGCAGAGGGAAGUGGAGGAUCUGCCCCCGAGAUACAGUUGUUGGAUCCGCGGAUCAGCAAGAUGAUGGCGGCGCACAGCCGCUACUUGCUGCAGAUGGCCAUGGCAGUCGGGGAUAGGAAGGCCUUGGCUUUGGCGCUGGUGGAGUCCAGCAGGCUCAUGGGCGAGCUGCCGGAGUCUGAACUGGUACCGGCCUCUCCAGAUAGAGCAGAGGAGCCCACAGAGCUUGCCCCUGCAGAGCCUGCUGAGCCAACGUCUAGUCCGAUGGUCGAGCCCGAGAUCGAGAGAGAGGACUCUCGUGAGCGAGACAGCGAAGGAGAGCUUGCAGGUUUUGAGGAGAUGUCGCUGGUGGGAGGUGACCCUUGGCUUUCUCUGACAGCGGAUGAAGGCCGACAGAUCGGACCCAACGCGCUCUUCGCAGCCAAGAGCUCCUCACAGCUGUUCCAAAUGGCUCGAGAGAUGUACCGCCAGAAACUCUUCGACGACUCACGGCAGCUUCUUCUCUCGGACGCUGCCCGAGAGCUGCUAGGUGAUGGCCAGGACCAUUUCGGCGAGGCAUGGAUGCAGCAACAGCUGGCGGUGAUGCGGACCAAGGUGGGCAGCCUGGAUUCCCGAGCGAAGCGAGAGGUGGAGUCGCCGAAGUUCCUCAGGAGUCUGCAGGCAUUAUUCGACCUCACCACCCGCCAGGUCAUCACCCGCGACAGGCAAGGCAAGUUGCCGACACGACUGAAGGUGGUCAAAGCAAAGAGGUCCGUAAAUUUGGAUGCCUACCGUGCUUACCACGCCCGCCGUGCAGAGAUUGAAGCGGCGAUGCAGGGGAAGCGCUCGGCGCGGCUGGACGACUGCCUAACCAUAGGUCCCACUGGCUGCUAUUUACGAAAAGAGCUGCGCUCCUUGCAAGGCGUAUGGAUUGACAGUAAGACUGGUGCACGCUGGCUGGUGGAGGGUAAGCAGGCUUUGCGGGUCGCCGCCGUAACGGCGCAGCUACUGGAUCCUAUCAGGGCAGCAAGCAUCCACGAUUCUGAGGACUUCCAAGAGCUCAAGCCCGUGCAGAUGCCCGUGCCCUUUCUUGCGGCCGAAGGCAGUGACGAUUUGCGCCACCCAGUUUGCCCACAGAUGUUCAUGCGUGAGGUGAAAAAGCGGAUCAAGGAUGAUGAUGAUGCAGAGGAGAACCCUCAAGACAAAGUGCCCGUCAAAGCCAGAUGGCUUGGAUGGUUGGAUGAAUGCGGCAGCCGUGCUGUUUGGUACUGCGAGAAGACGUCAGAGUAUGCAGCAUGGGUGAGGGAUGCCAACUUCCAAGGUGUUUGGCGCGUUUCUGGGAGCUAUGCUUUGCUGCUUCACCCCGAUGGCUUCCGUGAGGGCGCAGCCUUCCUGGAUGCAAGGAGCAGCAGGCUUCGGAAGAAGGUAUCGCGAUCCCGCCGAGGCACUGCGUGGUUUGAUCGUGAACUAUCAAUCCUGCAAGAAGAAGGGCAGAUCUUGGGGGAGAGCGGCCAGCCGCCGAUGCUCAUGCAUCUUGUGGGCGAGCUAUAUCCCAUCUGGCUCACCGAGUUGGGCAACGGCAUCAGCCUGUACUCCACAACCUUCAAAGGCGUGGUCGAUGCAGAGGGCACGGAGAUCUGCUUGGAGCCUGUCUCGGAGGAAGAGCGGCCCAACUUGGCCAACUAUCGGCCAAAAAGGACCCUCCUUGGCCGGCGCACAACACACGUGGUGCAGCCGUUUCUGUCGCAGAUCUGGGGCUAUCGUCAGUCUGCUACGGUGGACCUGAGUGCGAAGGAGCUCAACACGAAAGCCAGUGAGCUCUGGCUUUUCCACGGCACACGAGAGUUUGCGGCGGAGUGCAUCACCGAGAAUGAGUUUCAGGUCAAAAUGGCGGGCAGCAACCGCGGCACUAUGUUUGGUCCAGGCAUCUACCUGGCUGACUCUGUGACGAAGAGUGACGAGUACACGGAUCCUGACCCCACAGGUCUGAGGACGAUGAUUCUGUGCCGAUGCACAAUGGGCCGAGCCAUCAAGCAGUAUGAAGGUGGUCGUGAGUGCAUGAAGGCCUGCCAUGCUGGUGGUUACCAUUCGGUGAAGGGCUUGCGCGCGUACAAUGAAUACAUUGUCUACGACGAAAGCCAGGUGUAUGCAGAAUACAUCAUUUGGUACAGGCGGGUGUACAACAUUGAGUGA